AUGGAGGUGAAGCUGUGCCUAGUUUUGCUUCUGUUGGGCGUGGCCAUAGCGGCCGAGGCCUACUCAUUCUCGGAGCCCAGCUGGGGCCUAAACCACUACAGCCACGCCGUGUCGAGCGGCAGCCACGUCGUUGGAGAUUACAUUGGUGACGAGAAUGAGAAUUUGUUGGACUCCGAGGCAAGCCGCCGAGCUUUGGCCAGGGGACGCUCUUACAUUGGCUACGGAGCCCUCAAGGCUAACGCCGUGCCCUGCGGCCGCCGCGGCCAGUCCUACUACGAUUGCCAGAAGAGGCAUAGGGCUAACCCGUACAAGCGUGGCUGCAGUGCCAUUACUCACUGCGCUAGAUACACCGGUUGA